AAUUUGGAAGGAUGCCACUGGAUGAAUCCCCCUCUCACUAACUGUGCACAGAUUGCUCACUGUAAGGACAGUCACGAUUCUUUUCGGCACCAAGAGUUUUUCAAGGGGAACUUCCUUGAUAUGUUAGUUCCUGGUUGUCUCUUGCUCAUAGGAAAUUACACACACUAUGAUGUAUAAUUCACACACAGGUCUCGGCUAGGCAUGAAGCGCAGAGAGUAAGUGAGUGCGAAACUGAGAGGGAGAGAGAGUUAUAUGUAUUUUUUUAAUCAUUGGUUAUCUGCCAUUGCCGAAUGACAGAAGUGCCUGAGCAGUCAUGAAAGGCAUACAGAAGUUACCAGAGCAGCAUCAACUGAGCAGCCUAUUCCCUAUCGUAGACCACUGGAACCCCUUCGGUAGCUACGAUGGUAGGCAGGUGAAGGGUUUUGAUCCCCGCACUUCCUUCACGACCGCGUCCUCGCCCACGAACACCACCACCCCCACAGCCAAGCCUACCGCUGCCCAUCCCACCAGCAGCAUGAAACCCACAGACCUGUUCAGGGAUCAGGUUAAUGCUCUAUGGUCCUGCUUCAAGGACUGGAAUGAAUGCGAGCAGACCCUGGUCCUCUACUCCUUGCUCAAAGGGGUCUCUGGAACCCAGGCCAAGUUCCUGUCCCUGGUGCUAGAUCAGGCACUUGCAGAGUCGGACCUUCAACAUGUAGAUAGAGAAGCAAAUGAUCCUGAUUUUGUACGAGGUUUGAACCUUGAGAGCAAAGAGGAAGCCAUGGCUCAGGUUCUUUCCCACCUACCACUCCUCCAACCCAGCAGUACGGAGGCCAAGGCAGAGUACCUCAAGCUCAUCCCAGAGAUCCUGAGCUACAUGCAGGACAAAGGCAUCCUCCUAGAGGAAGCACACCAACUCUUCACAUACCUAGUCAUACACCCUGCUCUCAGCUGCGAGGAACAACUCCCAAGGAGCAAAUAUUUCAACCAGUUUGACGAUCACCAGUCCUUCUCCCCAUCAUCGUGCUACUCCAGUCAGCUGGGCUCAGACCAGCUGGUGUCGCCGUUCCUGAAACCAUCCCCCUACGCCUCCCAGGUGGGGUCGGAGGGGUCCUCAACGGGGCUCCUGAGAACGGGGAUGUGUGGUGAUUGGUAUCAAGGGAGUGGUGGAGGUGAUGGGGGUGGUGGAGGAGGAGGAGGAGGAGGGGGACUCCUGGUGGGGUCAAACUCCUUUCAUCAACCUCUCACAACAACCAUGUCUGCACCACCAGCUGUCAAUGUAACAGGGCCUUCAUCAGAUGAUUGCCUUCUUGGCAAAGGAAAGAGGAAUAGCUUCUUAGAAGAAAAGAGUGGAAUGAAAGAUGUACCAACAUGGCUGAAAAGCUUGAGAUUACACAAGUAUACCAGUCUGUUUGAAAGUAUAGACUAUAAUGAAAUGAUGGCACUUUCUGAAAGGCAGCUGGAAGAAAUGGAUGUGACGAAAGGAGCGAGGAAUAAGAUCAUGCUCAGUAUACACAAGUUGAAAGAGAGGCAACCCAUUCUCAGAAAUCUAGAAAAGGACAUCAUGUCAACGGGUAGCUCCAAGAACCUGAGGAACGCUCUCAACGACAUCAAGAACAUCAUCAACACACCGAUGCAUGCCUUUAACCCCAAAGAGUACCGAAGCAGCAGCAGCAAGUCUGAGGACAUCGGUACCAACCCUGCCGGUGUGGUGGGGGACAUGAGGCCAGAGAGUGGGACGGACUCGGAACAAGGCUCCAUGCCGGUCCAAGAAGGAGACUUGCCAGGACAGAUCACAAGGUUCAUGGGCAAAAUGUGCACUCAGCUGCUGAUGACGCCGAGACCUCAUGAAGAAACGAUAACGCAGUACUUGCAGCUCCUAGACAAGUGCUAUAACCAUGAGGCAUUCACAUCGGCACAGAAGAGCAAGCUAUUGUCAUGGAGAAAGAACUGCCAGAAAUUCAGUCCAAACCCAUACGCCAGAAAAUUAUCUAUCGAUAGCAAGCAGACCAGAGGAUGGAGUCAUUAUUCAGGAGCAUUCAACGAGCACGUCGGGGGUAGCACGGGUGUGUCUGUAGGGGGUAGAAGACCAGUCAGUCGACAACCCUUUGGGGGUCUGUCACAACCACAUCUCAACCCGCUACUAUCUAUGAGUAGCCUCGGAAGCCCCAGCCAGGCAUACAGACAAUCACCGGGUAGUAACAUGUUAUUUCACAGACAGUCUCUUGGUGGCAACCCCCACUCCCUGGUGCAGAGGACCAAGUCCGCCCCUAACCAUCGACGAUCAUCGCAACCAGCCCCGCCCACCUACUCACCCCAGCACCCGCCCCUAACCAGGGCAGAGACGCCUCUUCACUCCCUCGGAGAGCCAGACAUCACAGAUAGAUUAGAGAUGCUCUGUAGGAGUGUCACGGAGCAUGCGUUAGGAGAUGAAGCUGAUCACAAUGGGGAAAUGGCUGGACAUUGACAUGCCUACCCUUUCACCAAGGAACUGACAAAGAGCGGGAUAAUGGGGAUAGAACUACAAAUAAAGACUGCAUCAGGAGUUGGAUUCCUCCCAGUUGCCCUCCGGCUAUCAGAACCCAAGGUGGCUUCAAUACAAACCACCUCUCCAUGUCUGCCGGUCACGGAAUAUGGGCAUCAAGGGCUUUUCAUGAUGACACCAAGAAGCGGUCUAAAACUCUGCACCAUGAAGACAAUGUUGGGCAUUGGCUGGCAAGACAUCUAGGACCCGUUUCACAAAGCCUUUUUUUAAUGAAAAAUUACAAAAAUCUGUGACAAAUCUGCUGAUAACCAAUCCGAAGCAAGGAUUUCAGUAGCUUAUAACAUUUGUCACUGAUGACAAGUUUUGUGAAACACCACCCUGAUAUUUUUAGAUAGGAGAGUAGUUUCUUUGAGCAAGAGGUCUCAGAAGACUUUAUAUUUUUGGUGGCAGUAUUAACUUUGUUUGGAAAUAAGCAGCUGUGUGAGAUAUGUGCAUGGAAGAGUAUAUAGACUGUAGGGUGAUUAUUUGUAGGCCAUCUUUGGUUCCUCCUAGGCGAGAUUUAACGUGUCAAAGAAACUCAGGGGGUAGUUUCAGUGGAGAAUGUGACUAUCCUGAGUGAGAGGUUUGCAACAUUUUGUGUUCACAAGGCUGUAAAAGUCACCCUCUCAAUCCUUGGUAUGAUAUAACUGUUACCAGCUGAUCAAAAUGGUUGGCUUUGAUAGAAAAGGACCGGACACUUUAGAGAUGUUGUGCUACCUGUUGGUGAUAUUAUGAGAAAUUUUCAACUAGGUAACAGCAUCUUAGUAUUUUGUAAUAUUGUGUAGGAGAUAUUAAACAUGCCUCAGAAUAUAGAAAAUCAUUUUCUAACCAAUUAAUAUCUCAGAAUUAGCACACUUAUCGUCCACUCAUUGCCAGCACAGUUUGAUAAAAUUUUCAAUCAUAAAUCCUAGACCAAAAUAGAUUGCUCAACUCUAGCGUUACAUUGCACCCACAUGCAACUGGAUUAUGACAAAGUCAUGCACCCAGCACAAGACAAUACACGUUGGUGAACGUGCAGUAUACAGAUUACACAGUCGACUCAUUCGGUGUAUACUGUGUAGGCAAAUGUCCUUAUCAUUCAUAAGUCACUGAGCUCAGCAGUGACUGAAGAAAGAGGACCCUUGCUACUCAUCAGGGCACUGCACUUCGGUCUUAAAUCUCACAAUAAACGCACCAACAUGCAAUAGUGCAUAGAUGCUUAUUUUCAAUUCAGCACAAUUCUACCCCCUUGGGAUUUGACUAGGUGGUGCUAUGUAAAGAUCAGGGUAAUCUAUCACUGUUUAUGAUUUAAAAAAAAAGGAUUCUGACUUUGUGACGAAAUUAGUGUGCUUACCGGUAUGUGCAUUUACCAGUAAUUACUGUCUAGGAAUCCAACUCCUUAUUUAGGUCUAGAACGUCGUAUCUUGAAUUCAGACAUGCAUUUUUACUUUGUUAUCUAAUCUUGAUAAAUACACUGGGGUAUAGUGUGUUUGUUUGUUUAAUUUUUCUUUGUGUGGCAGCUAGAAUUUCUAGCAACAAUAAGUUGACCUGGUUAAAGUUUUUGUGGCCCUAACUUUUGACAAAUAGAAAAAUGACUCAGUAUAUUCUAGAACUAGAAUAGUAUUUACCUGUUGUAUAGAUAUAAAGUGAAUUACUAUGUUUUCCCCUUGAGUAGAAUACAGUGAUAUUCAUUCAAGAUGUCUUUUUUUCUUCUUCUUCUUCUAUUUUAUGAAUCAAAAAUUUAAAGGUAUGGGAAAAUGAUGUUUGUAGAGAAGCCGGUUAUUCUCAGUUUAUUUUUUUUUAUUUUUGGAUAAGAACAAGACAAAGAGGUAUUCCAUUUGAAAUGUGUGAUUUCAAAUAAAUGUGUAAAUAUAUAUAUCUAUAUAAGAUGCUGUCAUUAGUAUCAAAUUUAUUGUCUACUUUUUUUAUAAUAUGUUUUUUGCCAGUGCAUGAUGUGAACAUGAGUUUCAUUGCAUGUAGUGGUGAAUGGACACUUGUUCAAAGAAGAAAACAAAAUGCAUAGGUAGUGCAUUCAAUUUUCCUUGUGGCUAUUUAUUUCCCAAUUGUUUGUUCAGUCACUUACGGUUAAGAGUACCAAGAUGUUAAUAUUUGUAUUUAUUCUUAUAAAAUAAGCGAAUCCAUUUAUUAUAGAUAUAUGGCAGCAUGUAAUGUGUCUCUUUAUUGAAACGUUGAAAGAAAUGACUUGUUUCAAAAUUGGAAACUGCAUGAAGCUAAGAAGUGUGUAGAAGAAAUGUCAUGGCCAUGCAGUCUACUCUAGUAACUUUGGAACCCAGCAAAAGGUUACUGGAAACCCUUACAAAUUUAGAAGUUAACAAUUUUGAAGCUGAAUGCAUUACCAUUUUUUUUUUCUUUUCAUAUAUAUGAAUAUAUAUAUAUAUAUAUAUAUAUAUCCUUUAAACCACAAACUGUUUUAUUUUUAUUUUUCACAUGCUGCACAUGGAAAUUUCCAUUCAUAUUUUGAGUACCGUUACUUUUGGUUCAUCAUAGACUAUGAUUUGUAUUUGUAAUUGGGAAAGAAAAGAAUCAAUCAGUAUUUUGUCAUAUUAAAGAAAAAAUAUGAAACCAGUCUACAAGCAAUGGAAAGUGAGCCAUCAGAUAGACCACAUACACAAUAUUUAGAAUAGUCUGUCUGAGAUGUAUGGAAUACCUUUCAUUGAUUAUUUUCAUAAAUCUAGCGCUAAAUUUGACAUGCAAAUGUAUUUUUACAGAGAUAAAGGUUUGUACAUUACCAUUUGAUCUGUAUUUGACAAUUUGAAAAUGAUGUUUAUUGAUAUUGAAUCUCAAAACCAAUGAAAAAUACUUAAAAUGGUGUGUGGUCAAAGGUGAUGAUAUAUUCUAUAUUUCUUUUGAAAAGAGUGCUAUUUUGGAGAGAAAAAUUGUUUAAGUAUUGAUAUGAUAUAUAUAUAAAACAUAAAAUGUGUAUAAAAAAUGCAUGUAUAUGUAGAGCAUAUGCUUACAGAAAAUGCUGGAAAAACCCAAACUGGUUUGAGUUGCAUUUUUUUAAAAUUGACGAUAGAGUACGAUUUAUGUGAAUUUCUUGAAGAAAUUGUGUUCAGUCGUGUAGCAGGAAUUUCACCAGCUGACAAAAGCACUUUGUGAGAUCAGAUUACAGAUGUUUUGCUACAAGAUUUUAUCCUGAAAUUAUAUUUUUUUUCUGUGAAAUCAUUGUCUAAACCGAACUAUGGCAUUCUUUUUCUUGUAUACAAUCUGCUGGUUACAGCUAUGCUUGAGGCAUAUGCUGUCAGAAGAUGCCAUAUUCAACACAAUGCAUUUUUAAAAGCUGUUUGACACAGCAGAUGGACUCCUCGAAACUCAAGCUGGUAGAAAAAAAAAUAGAUAGAAUUUUUUUUGUGGAAUAUGUGAUCAUUGUGAUUUUGUCACUUUUUUCUCCACCUGAGUAAUGUUGAACAUUAUCUGGAUAUUUUUCUUGUUUUCAAAGGAGGGGUAAAAAUAAGACAAUAGAAACCCUUCAAUUUGGACACCAAAAAGUGAAAAUUAAAGUAAGGAACGUCCAACAAGAUAGAAACUAGAUAUUGAAAAAAAGCAAGUAUCUGUUACUGUUUAUUUUCUUACAAUAAAUGAUGUGAGUCAUUGAAACCUAUUCUUAUAUUUUGGGGAAAAUGAUAAAAAAGUAUUGCUUUGGGUCUUGAAAAAGAUUAAUCAAACUAUCUUGCUAGCAGAGAAUUAGUUACAAUGAUGAGAAGCAUUUGAAUAAAACCACCUAAACCUUCUUCCACUCCCAUUAGAUGUUGAAAGACACAUGACAUUAGAAUGAUUCACACCUUAAAAUGCUGUGUCAAAACACAUGAAUAUUUUCUUCUUGCAAAUCCGCGAUGAUGAAGAAUUAUUCAAUCAAUAUUAUUCAUGUCUGCAAUAGGAAGGUAUGUUGGUGGUUUUCAUGUAACCAUUGGUUCAAAGUUCUCAGUCAUAUGAUGUGUUGUUAAAGGAAGACUAAUUCUUAUAGCUAUGUAAACAAUACAAAUUCACCCAGUGGCAGUCCUGUCUCUUAGUUUUAUUGGUGCCGACCAAAAAAUGCAUUUUCCAUUAAACUUAUCAGGAAUAUAUCACUCUAUAACUACAUUCAUAUAAUUUCGAUAUUCUCUGUUUGGACAGAAUUCAAUCUAUUUGAGUAGUGGUACACAUGAUUACAAUUUUGCAUUAGUUAGCAAAGAAAAAGUAGCUUGGGCAGAAAAAUUAUUUAAAUGUAAGAACGAUUUAAAAUCAACAAGGCAGUGCCCAAAUGAAAUAUUUAGAAAGUAAUAUCAAAAUAUAUCAAUGAUGAUAUUGCAUUAAAGAUCACCGUUAUCUAUUAUUGAGAUUAUUUUAAACAUCUUAUUCGAAACAAAUUCCCGUCCAUAUCUAAUUUUGAUGUACAUGUAUUCUAUAUGCUAUUUCCUACAAUGACCUUCAGUUACAUUAUAUUCUGGCUGUAAACAAAAGAUAAUUCUCCCACUGUAAUGCUAUGUUCACUUCUUUAUAUUCUAAUCCUGAUUAAAGAAUUAAAAAAGGUUUUAUUCAAAUUCCCCGUAUUU